AUGAGGCAGAGCUUCCUCAUGAUCCGGGUCGAGGACCAUCUAGGCCGUUCUAGGCGUCUCUACGAGUCUCCGUUGAGUCGGAGGGGUUCUCGGUUACAUGUUAUUGUAACACGUGGAAAUCACGACAUCACGAGCGCGAUGAUGUUCAAGAGCAAUCCCACUUUCGUCUUUCACGACUCAUGCGGUUUCGAAGCGGGGUCUGAAGAAGAAUUUGAGAGCAUGAAGGAAUUUAUUGCAGAAUGCGCACAUGCAAUGAAAAUAGAGGACCGAAUUCAUGCUAUCUGGUACUGUAUUCCGAUGGAUGACCAUUGUCGAACAUUCCAGCGGUCGGAAGAGAAGUUCUUCCAGGAGUGCGACACCGGGCACGUUCCUGUGGUCGUGGUGUUCACAAAAUUCGAAGCUCUGAAUCCAGUCGCAUAUGGUGAAAUCAAGAAGCAACUACGAGGGGUAUUGGGCGAAGAGCGGUCAAAGAGGAUUGCCGAGCGUGUCGAGGAACUUUUCACCAAGACAGGAGUCUUGGAUCGGUUGUACAACCCCAAAAACCGUGCGCAUCCCAAGUCCCAUGUAUGCUUACAAAAUAUGAACCAACAAAAUACAAACUGCGACUCUCUACUGGAAAGCACCACUCUCGCACUGGACAACGAAGAAUUACGGUUGUGCUUGGUGUCGACACAAAAAUCGAACAUGGAACUUUGCAUCAAGUGCGCCAUCAUAACACUCGUUGAUCAUGCAGAUAAGCAAAUCGAUUAUGACCGCUAUCAGUAUAGCAUUGCUAAGUGGUUUCCACAUAUCAAAGUAAGACGAAGAUUGAUUCAAUCUGACGAUUCCCUGGUAAUGGUACUCACGGAUGCUGGUAAGAUCGUGGCUUAUGAAGCUACGCAGGGACAAUGCUGA